GCACCCCUUUAAAAGAGCCACCACCAUUCCCCCCCUCAGGCUCUCAGGUCUCAGACUCUCAGGAUUUGCUGCUCAUCUUGCUCGUGAAGGAGUGCAAGAGUUAAAAGAGUCAAAUUUUCAUGGGUCUUAUGGGAACCAUUAGCAGGCAUCUCGAUGCACUUAUUGGUCCAGGGGUGAUGCUGCUAUAUCCUCUAUAUGCGUCGAUGCGUGCCAUUGAGAGCCCUACUCCACUAGAUGAUCAACAAUGGCUCACAUAUUGGAUGUUGUAUUCGUUAAUCACACUUUUCGAACUCUCCUGCUGGAAACUUCUCCAAUGGUUUCCUCUUUGGCCUUACAUGAAACUUGUGUUCUGCUUGUGGUUGGUGCUGCCAAUCUUUAAUGGAGCUGCCUACAUCCAUGAAAAUUAUGUGCGGAAAUAUGUCAAGAUUGGGAGUUAUGUGAGCCCAGGAUACACGGAAGAGCAGAGAAAGGUGCUGCAGAUGAUGACCCUUGACGCUAGAAAGUCGGUGGAGCAAUACAUCGAAAAAUAUGGACCAGAAGCUUUUGCAAGGGUCAUCAAAGUGGCUCAAAAGGAAGUCAGGAAACAACAGGCAAGAUGAUGGAAAAGGAUGCUCUUCCACUCCAGCUAUCCUUUGUCAACAAAAAAGAACGCUAUAAUGUAUCAUGAAGCUAUUCAAAUGCUUACAAAAUUCUAGGGUGUUGAAACAGCCAGCGGUAAUGAACGGCUAGUUUAGGAAUCUAUAAAUAAGAUCCUGGCUUGUGAUUGUGCAUAAGAACAUUCGGUCCGGUUGUAUUAUUCUUAUCAAUGAAGAUUUAAGAAGAAAAUCAAGCAAUUAUUUGCAACUUCCUUGGCAUUUGUGGAUAUCUGAAAAUUCCUAAUGCAACACACUUGAUGAUUGCUUA